ACAAUCCACCUGAUUCAGUACUUCACUUAUGAUCCCUGCCACAUAGGCUUGUCCCCAAUACUGUGCUAUUCUCUACGCUAUCCAAUAGCAAGCUGUAUGGUAUCUUUCGCCGCCUUUCAAGUUGCCAUGGUUGUCGAAAGAGGUGUCGCACUGUGGAAGCGUCACGAUUACGAAUCUUACGGGCCGAAUCUGGCCAUAGGCGCUACUGCUCUCUGUAUUGCCGUCUCUUUGAUGGCUAUGCUCAUUGUAACUCAUGGCGCUACGCAGACUCUUCCGACAAACUACUGCAUCUUGAAUGGAAUUGCUACACCGCAAAGUGUAAUCGUACUAAAACUCACUAUAUGUGGAUUUGAUCUCUUAACAUUGAUUGGUAUUGCGACGCUGUUUCUGCUGAACAGAAGCUUGUCAAAAAGAAAAGCAUACGAUCUUAAAUCUUCCUAUCAGCUUCUCGAAAAUCGCACUGUUAUUCGCAUCAUUCUUCCUUUGGCGAUCUUCCAAACCCUAUUCUAUAUUUCGUUUGCGAUUAGCGGCGCAGUCGUUUCGCUGUUACACCGAGAUUUGGAGAAGGUUCUGUAUGUGACGCUGACUUCUUUUACCUAUGUGAGUUUGUGCUUCACAUACAUGCGUUAUCGGUUCAAAUGCAGACGUCAGAAUAUAUCGGUC